GCGCGUCGCUCGACUUCACGUGUGGACGCAUUACGGCGGCCUAGGAGAGAAAUGUGGGCGCGUGCGGUGUUGCUGGGCCAUCGGUCCUGGAUGGGCUGGCACCGGGGCUUCACCUCCAAGACGGAUCCUCAGGGUAGUGGCCGUGUCACGGCUGAGGUGAUCGAGCACCUGGAGCGUCUAGCGCUUGUGGACUUCGGCAGCCAAGAGGCCGUGGCACGACUGGAGAAAGCCAUCGCCUUUGCCGACCGGCUCCGCGCCGUGGACACGGAAGGGGUGGAGCCCAUGGAAUCAGUAUUGGAGGACAGAUGUCUGUACUUGAGAUCUGACAAUGUGGUAGAAGGCAACUGUGUUGAAGAACUACUACAAAAUGCCCAUCGAGUUGUGGAGGAGUAUUUUGUGGCUCCCCCAGGUAAUAUCUCUUUGCCAAAGCAGGAUGAACAACAGCCCUUUUCACACAACUGACUAGCUAUUCAUGGAGGCCCAAAGAUAGUAUUUUAUUACCACGAACACAAAUAUUUCCACUUUCUUCGGUUACCUGGAAAAAAAACUGAUGUUUAAGUGAUUUUUAGUAACUAACUCUCUGAAGACAACAUUGGGAAAUAUCUAGCCAAAACAAGGCAAUGAGUUCCUGCUUCUACUGGAAGUAAAAGGUACUGUCACUUUCUGAGGAAAUGAAUCAAAUAUUUAUUCACACACUGUUCAGUAUAGGUUAUUCUCCUUUAUCUCCUCCCAAAACGGUGGUCUACCAAACUGAACGUAAGUCGGUUUUUCUAUUUACGUAACUAUUAGACAGUGUAUCUGAUCGCCAUAUGACAACCUGUGUUGUACUUUUCAGUUACUGUUUCUGUCAUCUAAGAAACCUUGUAUCUUUACCAAACAAACUCAAAUUUGUUCCUGGGUACCCACUUUAUUCAGAGCAGAAGGCUAACUUUCUCCUAAUGUCUGAAGAGUGUUCAAAGUAGACUCUACAGCUUGGGAACUCCUAACCUACAAUCAUCCACCAUCCCACAAAGUCAUUACACUCAAAAUGGAUACUAGCCAUAGCUACAGUUUUUCUGAAAAGAACAUACAAUAAAAAUAGCCCUGGAAUAGCUAACAGUACUAUAUCAAACACUAAAAAUUUGCUAAGAGGGUAGAUACUAUAUUAAAUGUUCUUACCACAAAUAAAUCUUAAAGAAGUAGGGAGGAGACUUGGGGAGGUGAUGGAUAUGGUUAUAGCUUUGACGGUGAUCAGUAUACGCUUAACCCCAAACUCAUUGAUUCUUAUACAUUAAAUAAGUACAGCCUUUUACAUAUCAAUCAUACUUCAAUAAAGUGGCUUUUUAACAAAAAGA